GAGGCGCCCCGCUCCACCGAUCGCUAGGUCCUGCAAACGCGCGCCGGGCGCUUUCCCCGGAGCUCCGCGGUGCGUGCGAGCGCCCUUUUGCAGCAACCGCGGCAGUGGUGGCCCGAGGGGGCGGAGAGGAGGGGGCUGUGGCCGGCCGGCCGGGGGCGGCGUCCCCCCUCAAAACCGCCUGCAAAGUGCUCUGGGCGGCAGAAGCAGGCCGCCGGCCCGGCGGAGCAAGCUGCUCGCCCUGGGGCUGAGCGAGCGCGCUGGACUGCCCGGCAGCGCCGCGGUUGCUGGAGGGCGCCGGUGCUAUCGGCGCGGGGCUUGGGCUCACCAUGCCCCUGCGGGGUCGGGCUGCCGGGCACAAGUGGAUCCCCGGCUUGCCUCCACCUCGACGCGCUCGGAUUAGCUGCAGCUGGCGCCCAGGGUUGAAUCUGGACCCCAGGAGAAAGCGCGCUUAGGCCGACUUCGGAGCAACGGCCCCGCGGCCAACAUGCUUCGCAAAGGGUGCUGUGUGGAACUGCUGCUGCUGCUGCUGGCCGGGGAGCUGCCCCUGGGCGGUGGCUGCCCCCGGGACUGCGUGUGCUACCCAGCACCCAUGACGGUCAGCUGUCAGGCGCACAAUUUUGCUGCCAUCCCCGAAGGCAUCCCUGUGGACAGUGAGCGCAUCUUCCUGCAGAACAACCGCAUCACGCUCCUCCAGCAGGGCCACUUCAGCCCUGCCAUGGUCACCCUGUGGAUCUACUCCAACAACAUCACCUUCAUCGACCCCAACACCUUCGAGGGCUUUGUGCACCUGGAGGAGCUGGACCUCGGUGACAACCGGCAGCUGCGGACACUGGCACCAGAGACCUUCCAGGGCCUGGUGAAACUCCACGCCCUCUACCUCUAUAAGUGUGGGCUUAGCGCCCUGCCGGCAGGCAUCUUUGGUGGCCUGCACAGCCUGCAGUACCUCUACUUGCAGGACAACCACAUCGAGUACCUCCAGGAUGACAUCUUUGUGGACCUGGUCAACCUCAGCCACCUGUUUCUCCAUGGCAACAAGCUGUGGAGCCUGGGCCAGAACACCUUCCGGGGCCUGGUGAACCUGGACCGUCUGCUGUUGCAUGAGAACCAGCUGCAGUGGGUCCACCACAGGGCUUUCCACGACCUCCGUAGGCUGACCACCCUCUUCCUCUUCAACAACAGCCUCUCAGAGCUACAGGGCGAAUGCCUGGCUCCUCUGGGGGCCCUGGAGUUCCUCCGCCUCAAUGGGAACGCCUGGGACUGUGGCUGCCGGGCGCGCUCCCUGUGGGAAUGGCUGCAGAGGUUCCGAGGCUCCAGCUCUGCUGUUCCCUGCAUGGCCCCAGAGCUGCGGCGUGGCCAGGACCUGAAGCUGCUGAGGGCCGAGGACUUCCGGAACUGCACCGUGCCUGUGUCCCCGCACCAGAUCAAGUCACAUACGCUUACUACCACCGACAGGGCUGCCCGCAAGGAGCACCACCCAUCCCACGGCUCCACCAGGGACAAGGGUCACCCCCACGGCCAUCUGCCUGGCUCCCGGUCCGGCUACAAGAAGUCAGGCAAGAACUGCACCAGCCACAGAAACCGCAACCAGAUCUCUAAGGCGGGCGCUGGAAAGCAGGCCCCUGAGCUGCAGGACUAUGCCCCUGACUACCAGCACAAGUUCAGCUUUGACACCAUGCCCACGGCACGGCCCAAGAGGAAGGGCAAGUGUGCCCGCAGGACCCCCAUCCGUGCCCCUAGCGGGGUGCAGCAGGCCUCCUCGGGCAGUUCCCUAGGGGCCUCACUCCUGGCCUGGAUACUGGGGCUGGCAGUUACUCUCCGCUGAAGACCUAGGGUGUCAGCGCCCAGCACUGCCACUUGUCCACCAAGGAACAGCGUUUUUUUUCUUUUUUACAAGUGGAGGAUCUGCUGAGUUUCAGGAAAAGGCUGGUAGAGGCUUUGGCUGCUGUCUAGGCCCUCCCAUGUGGAUUAUAAACCCAAAGUGUACAGCCCUGGGCAGGAGGGGUUUAGCGCAUCUUACUCAGCUGCCCCAGCCAGCCCCCACAGAGCACCCGCGGACAGUGUCCAUUCCAGCAAUGUGGUAAAGGUGCACGACAUGAAUCCUUCAUUAGCAACAGUGGGACAAUUGCCCCUCGUGGGAGCUGGGCUCUGUGGAAUCUUGAUCAUCUGCAGAGGUUUGAAGGGCCCCCCUACAUUCCUGAAGGACACAAGACUUGGAGACCAAACGGGCUCACCAAGAGCCUGGGCCCACCAGCAGGCUGGGAACAUGCGUGCAGGUGGCAUCUCAGCUCUCGCCUGAGGCGGCUUAGACAAUCUGCCCUGAAUCCAACCCCAUGCCACCUUCAGCCCCUCCCUCGGUGGUCACGCCUCUCAUUCCUGACGUCUCAGGCAACCCUGGCAGACCCAGGCCCAACUGCUGGGGUCCAAGAACCAAUUACCAAAGGAAAGAUCAUCAGAGGCUGAAAUUUAGAACUUUAUCACGUGCAGUGAGGUUCUCACAGAAGGUGCAGUUUUAUAAUUAUGUCCACUUAUAUAUAUACAUGCCCUACAUAUACAUAGAUUAUACAGAUGCACAGGUCCCCCGCCCCGCUCCAUUACCAAACUGUAUGUCUUUUCAUGUUUAUAAACUGUACGGAAAACUGUAUCUGCUGAACUAAGGAUUGUAUUGGUGAUUUCUAGCAAGAAAAAAGUUAUAGGAUUUUUGUCUAGAAUCUCAACCUGGCAACAAUAGUCCCUAUGUAACCUGGGCUAGCCAGGGGCCUGGGGCAAAGUGUCAGUGGGGAGGUUAAGGAGAAGGGCAGGCAGCAAGCAUCACUUCAGGGGACCAAUAUACUUAGAUAUUUAGGACAUCACCUUGUUUUUAUAUGCAACACAAGCCUGUCUGCCACCCUGGAGCAUCCCGGCCCCUGCUAUAGUAGCUGUUGGCUUCAGGGUGAGAAGUGAGAAGCAGCUUGUUGGAUGUCAGGGAGCCAGGCCCUGGGGGCAGGCGGGAUGGAGAAAGAGAAGGAAGGGGCUCUGGGAAUUUUAAGCCAGCAGAUGAGGCAGCAUUCACAGUGUUAGUCCAACGUGUUGGACAGUGUCAGUCCAACGUGUUGGACAGUGUCGUUAGCCUUGUGUGUGGCCAGCGAUAGUCUGGACAGACCAGGGAGACUCUGGGUCUGAGCCCAGGCUUCCAGCAUGGAUCAGCUGCUGAAGCUUUCCUUCAGGCUCUUCUUCAGCAAGGACCCUACACAGGAUAGCAGGAGGGAGGGAUCAGGUGGCCUUAGCAGAAGGGAACCGAUGAGGGCAUUUCUAGAACCAUCUCAGGCACUUCUGCAUUACAGAGGCCCCAUCCUUCCUGACCCUCCAGAGAUGUCCGGGGACAGACAGAGGUCAGGGAGCCAGACUCAGGGGUCAGGAACAGGGACAGGCAGCACGCGGGGCAUGGAGCAGGUGAGCCCUGACAGGGAGGAGGGGCUCUAGUGGAAGUCGGCCACGCUGCUGGCCACAGGCCCAGGUGGGCACAAUCUCCUUUGCGCUUUGCACAAACCUGAAUUCCCCACCAGAGAGGAUGUGUGUGAGGAGCAAGAAACACUGAAUCCAAUUAAGAGAAUAAUAAUAAUAAUAAAUUAUCUUGGACAAGAACCCUGUUUUUCAUUUCCUAACCCCGCAUUCCUGAUGGGUGGCAGAUCCUGGGCUUCUGUGGGUGGGCGAGCCUGGCUGGGCACAGCUCUGAGAAUGAAGCACAGCACGUUUGUUGGUGGGAGGAGCCGCAGGGGCAGGGGCACACUGACUCACAGGGACACACGGAAUACACACACACACAAGCGCACGUGCGCACACACACUUCUCGGUUCCGUGGUUCUUCUUUCGCCCGCACAGAACAUGAUUCACUGCCCACAUUCUAGCUGCACUGGGUCUGUCCCAUCUCCAUCUUUGCCUGGAGCAAGCAGGUCCUGUAUCCUCCCCGGCCAGUUCCCAAGGCCCCCCACCCCAGCAGUACCUGGUGAGUUAGUGAUUCUCAGGGGG